UCUCCUCCUGAACACACACCCCGGGUCACUCGGGUACUACCCAACAAAACACAGGACUUUCAGAUACUCUGAAAACAGCCGACGGUCGCGGGAUUACUGAUAAGACAACUCUUCUUUUUUUUGCACAAAGGAAUAGUUUACCUCAAGCAUAAAUAAGCUGUCAAACAACAAGAAAACGUUGUCUAGUCCAUUGAGAAGUCCAGGACACAGGCACCAUGACCAGUCAGUAGAAAGGCAGUAUUGCAGUUCUCUGUGGGGUCGGGAUGUUUGCACAGUGACCAGUCGUUGUCGGACGAGACUCCAGCUCCACAGUGAGAAACAAAAGACAAUCGUGAUUGAUGCGUCAUGGAGGACGGGAACGACGUGGAUCUGUCCAACAAUAACAUCAGUCCGCUGUGGAAGCGGCAAUCAGCCAUUCACACUGGUCCCAGCAAGCUAAAGGCCCGGCCCCUCAGCCACCAGAUAGACAGACUCCACAUGACUGACUUCCCCGUAGAGGACAACAAGGGCAGCUUUACCCUGAGCCAGCCUGCAGAGCGACUGGUGGCCACGCCGGGAGGAGGGACGGUCAUUCUGAAGCACGUUCUCAACCAACCCACCAGGAGGACACGGGUUGUCAGGAGUAUCAGCAUUGGACAUUUGGCCAAAGGACGUUUCUCUUUGUCCAAGUUCAAGUCGGAGGAUAAGUUUUCGUCAUUGGACAAUAAGGCGUACCAUGGAGGAAGUGUUGGUCAUAUCGGUAACAAGGAGAAGGUGUGGUCAGACAAGCGGCCACGCGAUGCCCUGAAGCGACUCUCCAGCCCGUUCACCCUCACCUCUCACAGAGACCAGAUAGUGUUUGGAACAAGUUCCUCACUGCCGGACCCUGCCUCCUCCAGUCACCCCUCUCCCCCUGCCACCCCCAAUAACAACCACCACCAUAACCUGACCUCCUCUUCUUCCUAUCACCCCUUAACCCCUCACCCUUCUCCCCCUAACCCCAGCCCUUCUCCCCCUAGUCUCCCCCCUACCCCAUCUCACAGCUCCACCUGCAGUAUCUCCUCCUCCACCUCCACCCCUUCUGACCCCCCCACACCCCGCAGCCCCUCCCCUGCUGACAUGUCUGCCCCCUCCCUCUCUCCUCCUCCCUCCAUUGUCCUCAGCACCCACAGUGCAGCUGCCCUGAAGAUGGGCACACAGCAGCUGAUCCCCAAAGGGCUGGCGUCCCUGAGCAAGGUCUCUCCUGCUGGGGUACAGAGCCAGGGCCUGGGGGGUCUGCUGGGCCUGGAUCCUACCAAGCGGGCCCUACGUGCUGUCAGCAUGGUGGAGACUGGAUCCUUCUUCUCCACGGAUGGAGGGGGAGAGGGGACAGACCAGGAUGAGAGCCCUGGGAGUCUGAAAAGGGGGUUGAGGUCUACCUCGUACAGGAGGGCAGUGGUGAGUGGAGUGGAAAUGGAAGUACCAUCUGUAGACCCAAAGACCCAUCUCCUGUCCCAGUCUGUACUCAAAGGACUACAGGAGGUCAAGGAGACACCGACCAGCCCUGGGAAGAAGAACAAGAGGCCGGAUAAGAAGCCAGGACUGAUCACACAGAGGACUUUUGACAGGGAAGAGGAGGAACUGUAUCAGAACUACCAGGAGAAAGCUCUUCACAAUGACUCUGAUGAGGACCAGUCCAGAGAGCCCAAACCUGACGAGGGCAUCGUGGUGCAGUACAGACCCAUACGCACCUCGUGGAGCCAACUCAGUGUGGUGAGACGCACAUUCACACACACAGACACAGUGGUGCUGUGCCUGUCUGCACAUACAGUACAGAGACACACAGCCAUAUUUGAGUUGAUAUCGUCAGAACACUCCUACCUCCACAGUCUGGAGGUUCUGAUCCGGAUGUUUCAGAACUCAGCGGAGCUCAGUGACACCAUGACCAAGACCGAGCACCACCACCUCUUCUCCAACAUCACAGACGUGUGUGAGGCCAGCAAGAAGUUCUUUAAAGAGCUAGAGGACCUGCACCAGCAGAACGUUGUUAUAGAUGACAUCAGUGACAUCGUGUUCAGACACGCCCAGUCCAACUUUGACCCCUACAUCACCUACUGCUCCAAUGAGGUUUACCAGCAGAGGACCCUACAGAGGCUAGUUAGUAAGAGUUCAGUGUUUAAGGAGGUGUUGACUCGUAUUGAGGGCCACCCAGACUGCAGGAACCUCCCAAUGAUCUCCUUCCUAAUCCUGCCAAUGCAGAGAGUCACCCGCCUGCCUCUGCUGAUGGAUGUCAUUUGUCAGAAGGCUUCUAAAGGCUCACCUCAGUAUGAGGCCUGUAAGAAAGCCCUUCAAUCAGUCAGCAAGGUGGUACGUCAGUGUAACGAAGGGGCCCGUACCAUGGAGAGAACAGAGAUGAUGUACACCAUCAACUCUCAACUGGACUUUAAGAUCAAGCCCUUCCCAUUGGUGUCGUCGUCUAGGUGGAUGGUGAAGAGAGGGGAGCUCACAGCCUUCGUGGAGGAGAACGGCAUCUUCUCCAAGAGGACGUCACGUCAUCAGGUCUACUUCUUCCUCUUCAAUGACGUCCUCAUCCUCACCAGGAAAAAGAGUGAAGACAGCUAUGCAGUGAUAGACUAUGCUCUGAGGGACCAUAUCUGGGUGGGACCCUGCCAGGCUCAGGAUAUCAACCUAUCACCCAUCAGAACCACCGCUGGAAUGCUGACAUCACGGCAUCCCGGGGCCAGCCACCUCUUCCGCCUGCGUUUCCGUAGCAACCAUUCCGGAGACAAGGUGCCCAUGGUCCUGGGAGUGGAGCUAAUGAAUGAGCGAGCUCGCUGGAUCACUGCUCUGGGCCAGAGCAGCAACGACGAGAAGAACCAAGACCGGACAAAUGCCAUGCAGGUGGUGGUGACGAGGACGUACACAGCCAAGCAGCCUGAUGAGCUGUCACUGCAGGUGGCUGACGUGGUCCUGGUGUCACAGACUGUGGAGGAUGGCUGGAAUGAGGGCGAGCGACUCCGUGAUGGCGAGAGGGGUUGGUUCCUGUCAGAAUGUGCUGAACCAAUCACGUGCCAGGCCACUAUUGAGCGCAACGUGCAGAGGAUGGACCGCCUCCAGGGGCUGGAAACCAAUGUGUGAUCUGGAACUGCAGGCUCCACCCACUAAUUACACAAGCCUGUUCUCAGACAGACCAAUGAGUGAUCUGGAACUGCAGGCUCCACCCACUAAUUACACAAGCCUCUUGUCAGACAGACCAAUGAGUGAACCGUAUUCCAACGACGGCCUUUGACCAAUGUUGAGCGGACCAUCACUGAAUACACCAAUGAGCUGCCUUCAAGCACUAUCAACCAAUGAGAGAGCUGACUGACACUAAAUGCACCAAUAUAAUCUCUCCGUGGGUCAACAGACAAAUGUAUGUGUGAGCCUGGCCUGCUGCUGUGUAAUCUGUUAGAAUGUGGUCUUUGACUGUUGCCCAGUGUAACGUUCUCCGCCUUCUGCCGUAACGAAAUUUGACCCUAUGACCUGUCGACAACACUCUGAUUCCUCCCCCUGAUGGGAGACUGGCCAACCACUGUCCACUGUUGUUGCCCCGAUGGACAUCUCCCUUGAACACACACAGAGGACGUGCUGGGGUCAAAGUUCAAAACUGGCGCGUACAGAGUGGACACCUAAUGUAGGACGGCACAUUCAAACUGAUAUGGACACAGAUUCAUUUGAUCAACUGUUUCCUUCUGAAAGACUCCCCAGGAGUUUCCAUGAAUGAAACGUACCCUCUCUACUACAUAGUAACUAACAAUUUAUAUGAGCCAAACAACUAUGUUGAUGAUCUGUAUAUAUAUAUUUGUUUUAAUUGUCAUUCUUUUUCAAAUUCCUGUUUGUCCUGGUGUGAUGAGACUCAUGAAUUGGCUGAGUGAAUAGAGCCAACAUGGCUCACCGUCCAGUUCAGUUUCACCUCUACUCUGUGGUCAGGCUAUAGUGUGUGAUGAGACUGAUGAAUUGGCUGAGUGAAUAGAGCCAACAUGGCUCACCGUCCAGUUCAGUUUCACCUCUGCUCUGUGGUCAGGCUAUAGUGUGUGAUGAGACUGAUGAAUUGGCUGAGUGAAUAGAGCCAACAUGGCUCACCGUCCAGUUCAGUUUCACCUCUGCUCUGUGGUCAGGCUAUAGUGUGUGAUGAGACUCAUGAAUUGGCUGAGUGAAUAGAGCCAACAUGGCUCACCGUCCAGUUCAGUUUCACCUCUGCUCUGUGGUCAGGCUAUAGUGUGUGAUGAGACUGAUGAAUUGGCUGAGUGAAUAGAGCCAACAUGGCUCACCGUCCAGUUCAGUUUCACCUCUGCUCUGUGGUCAGGCUAUAGUGUGUGAUGAGACUGAUGAAUUGGCUGAGUGAAUAGAGCCAACAUGGCUCACCGUCCAGUUCAGUUUCACCUCUGCUCUGUGGUCAGGCUAUAGUGUGUGAUGAGACUCAUGAAUUGGCUGAGUGAAUAGAGCCAACAUGGCUCACCGUCCAGUUCAGUUUCACCUCUACUCUGUGGUCAGGCUAUAGUGUGUGAUGAGACUGAUGAAUUGGCUGAGUGAAUAGAGCCAACAUGGCUCACCGUCCAGUUCAGUUUCACCUCUACUCUGUGGUCAGGCUAUAGUGUGUGAUGAGACUGAUGAAUUGGCUGAGUGAAUAGAGCCAACAUGGCUCACCGUCCAGUUCAGUUUCACCUCUGCUCUGUGGUCAGGCUAUAGUGUGUGAUGAGACUGAUGAAUUGGCUGAGUGAAUAGAGCCAACAUGGCUCACCGUCCAGUUCAGUUUCACCUCUGCUCUGUGGUCAGGCUAUAGUGUGUGAUGAGACUGAUGAAUUGGCUGAGUGAAUAGAGCCAACAUGGCUCACCGUCCAGUUCAGUUUCACCUCUACUCUGUGGUCAGGCUAUAGUGUGUGAUGAGACUGAUGAAUUGGCUGAGUGAAUAGAGCCAACAUGGCUCACCGUCCAGUUCAGUUUCACCUCUGCUCUGUGGUCAGGCUAUAGCGUGUGAUGAGACUGAUGAAUUGGCUGAGUGAAUAGAGCCAACAUGGCUCACCGUCCAGUUCAGUUUCACUUCUGCUCUGGUCAGGCUAUAGUGUGUGAUGAGACUGAUGGGGAAGAGGCUCAUUGUAAAGACACACAAAUGGCUCUGUACUUCCAAAUUAUCUGUGUGUGUGCAACUGGGAGGCCAUUUGUAAUGUAACUGAAUGUGACAAAAUGGCCAUAACACGUCCCUGUGUGGAGGCUGUGUGACUAGGAGGCUGUGUGACUGCUGAAGAGGCUGAAUGUACAGUAAGGAGCCAAAAUGGUGGGCUGGAGGGUCCAGUUUCCACACUUCCCUCUGGUUAGAAGGUGACAGUAUAGUGAGGCUGUAUGUUAUGAUGGCCUACAAAGGCAAAAAGAAACUCCCACCAUCAUGCCUACUCCCGAUUCCCAAACUCUACUCCCGAUUCCCAAACCCGAUUCCCAAACCCCGCUCCCGAUUCCCAAACCCCGCUCCUGCUCCCGAUUCCCAAACCCCGCUCCCGACCUGUAACUAUUUUAGAUGCCUAAAACUAUUAGACCAGUAUUAGCAAUAUGGGAGUAUCUCCACCUUGGUCUCUUGGUCCUACGCAACUGACCCAUGUAGUCCUACGCAACUGACCCAUAUAGUCCUACGCAACUGACCCAUGUAGUCCUACGCAACUGACCCAUGUAGUCCUACGCAACUGACCCAUAUAGUCCUACGCAACUGACCCAUGUAGUCCUACGCAACUGACC